AUGGAGGGAACUCGGCAGAGCAGGAUCUGCCGCCCGCACAAGAUAAGUGAAUCCUCGAAGGUGUACAGGUGGGAUGACCACUCCAGUCUAGUUCUCCAGAGCCUGAAUGAGCAGAGGCACCGAGGCCUCUUCUGUGACAUUGUCCUAGUGGUGGAUGAGCAGAGAGUCCCUGCACACCGGAACCUCCUUGCUGUGUGCAGCGACUACUUCAACUCCAUGUUCACCAUCGGCAUGCGGGAAGCUCACCAGAAAGAGGUUGAGCUCUUUGGGGCCUCCUAUAUUGGGCUCAAGGCUGUGGUGGAUUUCCUGUAUGGCAGUGAGCUGUCCUUAGAUGGAGGCAACAUUGACUAUGUGCUGGAAACAGCUCACCUGCUGCAGAUCUGGAAGGUGGUUGACUUCUGCUGUGAGUACCUGGAGAAUGAAGUCAGUGAGGAGAACUACUUGUACCUGCAGGAACUGGCCUCCAUUUACAACCUGAAGCGCCUUGACUCCUACAUCGAUUCCUUCAUCCUGCAGAACUUUGGCACUCUGUCCUUCACCCCAGACUUCCUGCAGAACAUUUCCUUGCAGAAGCUGUGCCAAUACCUGGACAGCAGCAACGUGCAGCAGGAGUGUGAGCACGACUUGCUGCAGGCUGCCCUGCAGUGGCUCACGCAGUACCCGGAACGGGAGAACGAAGCUUACCAGGUCCUGGAUAACAUCCAUUUUCCUUUGAUCCCUAAAAGUGAUCUCCUCCAUCGAGUCAAGCCUGCUGUCUGCUCGCUCCUUCCCAAAGAAGCCAACUGUGAGGGGUUCAUAGAAGAGGCAGUGAACUACCACAACAACGUGAUGGCGCAGCCGGUGCUGCAGACCAAGCGCACAGCGCUGCGCACGUGCGAGGAGAGGCUGCUCUUCGUGGGGGGGGAGGUGUCGGAGCGCUGCCUGGAGCUCUGUGAUGACACCUGCUUCCUGGACACCAGAAAGGGGCAGUGGGUGGCAGAAACCCCUCUGCCAGCCAGAAGGAGUCACCACUGUGUUGCAGUCUUGGGAGGCUUCAUCUUCAUAGCCGGGGGCAGCUUUUCACGGGACAAUGGAGGGGAUGCAGCGUCCAAUCUCCUAUAUAGGUAUGAUCCCCGCUGUAACCAGUGGAUAAAGGUUGCCUCCAUGAGACAGCGCCGAGUGGAUUUCUACCUGGGAGCGAUCACCGACAUGCUGGUGGCUGUUGGUGGCAGGAAUGAGAACGGGGCACUGUCUUCAGUUGAGACCUACAGCCCUCAGAAGGACUCCUGGUCCUACAUAGCAGGAUUGCCCAGGUUUACCUAUGGCCAUGCUGGGACAGUGUACAAGGAAUUCGUGUACAUCUCAGGAGGCCACGACUACCAGAUUGGACCCUAUCGAAAGAACCUGCUGUGCUACGACUACCGCACGGAUGUCUGGGAGGAGAAGAGGCCCAUGAUCACUGCCAGAGGGUGGCACAGCAUGUGUACCUUGCAGGACAACAUCUACUCCAUCGGUGGCAGCGAUGACAACAUCGAAACCAUGGCUCGGUUCGACAUCCUGAGCGUGGAGUCCUACAGCCCUCAGUGCAACCAGUGGACCAGAGUUGCUCCUCUGUUGCAAGCCAACAGCGAGUCAGGGGUGGCAGUGUGGGAAGGCAGGAUUUAUAUCCUUGGAGGUUACAGCUGGGAGGAAGCUGUCUUCUCCAAAACAGUCCAGGUUUAUGAUAAGGAGAAGAAUAAGUGGUACAAAGGAACGGACUUGCCCAAAGCGAUCGCUGGAGUGUCUGCGUGUGUCUGUGCACUGAAACCCAAAACAGAGGACAAAAAGAAAAAGACAAAAACAAAAAAACAUCAGGAUCGAGGAAGAUGACUAUUUCUAGCUAACCACCCCUGGAUGGUGGACUCCAAAAGGACCUUGUAUUUAGUCAUUUCUAUCUAACCUGGAUUCUUUUUCUUUUUAAAUGGGGGUGACAUCUUCUGGAGCCUCAGAAAAUGUACAGUUGAGUGUGGGUUUUGGAUUAAACUCAUGUUUAAGGUUAAAA